UUAAGUUCGGAAAUGUGUGUAAAUGGCGGGGCAAACGUAGCCUUGUAAGCAAGGCUACGCAUGGGCCACGUUACGUAAUCUACCUAUGACUAAUAUUCCAACACUGGCAAAUUUUCUCUUUUCCCUUAUGUUUUGCCAUGACGUAGUUGAUCCCAGUACUAAUCCCUUUUGCUCCUGAUCUCUUAAUCUUCUGACUUGAUUAUCUAAUCCGAAUUUCUGUUCUGAUCCUAAUCCGUAUCUUGUAAUCCUGUAGCUUGAAAUCCCAUCUAAUCCCACUGGCAGACUUCUUUGUUCUGUUGACUGUUGAUUGUAUCGUACGAUCGAAGUGAGGGGUCAACCUUGUACGUAGGUUUGUUGGUCUGUACGAGAGUUUGUUGGUCUGUACGAUGGUUUGGUGGUUCGUACGAGUCUGGUGGAUCGUAUGUAUGUAGGAUUUUCGGAUCGUGUGUGGUAUCUUCGGAUCGUAUGUAUGUAGGAUUUUCGAAUCUUUGGAUCGUAUGUAGGAGAUUUGUCGGAUUCGUUCAAUUGUCAGGAUGUUUCUUAGGUUCGUCUCUUGUCUUUUCUUACGCGUAAUGGACGCGGCUGAGUGUAUUCGCACUCUCGUUGUCGGUAGAUCGGUCGAAAUGAAUCGUGAUCAUCUUGUCACAGCGAAAGCUUGGCUCAUAUAUCGCGAACCGUACAAUUCCGUUGCUUUGCUAUAUCACAGGAGACUUUGGUUCAUAUAUCGCGGACCAGUACAAUUUCGUAGUCUGCUAUCUAGGUUCAUGAGCGAUGCACUUCCAGCAAAGGUCGACAGGAUCGUACAAGUUCAUGAGCGAUACACUCCCAGCGAAGGUCGUUAGGAUCGUACAAGCUCAGGAACGAUGCAGU